AUGAUCGAGGGCGGCCGCAGCAACUCUUGUCCAGGUUCGUAUGAACGGAUCCAGGUUGGUUCUGCAAAGCUUAUGGGGAUGCGUGCCUCGUUGGAUCAAUUGCCUUUUGAUAUCAUCCACCAGAUUGCACGACUCCUUGACGUGAGGUCCUACGUUCAUCUCUCACGGGCUUGUCAUGCCACUGCGAAGCAGCUUCAGGAUGAGUCCACCGCCAAGGCUAGCCUUAAAUCCAGCCAUCCAUAUACUCGGUGGACCGAAGUAGCAUUCCAGCAACCUCACAAGACCAUGUUUCGACAGGUAAUCGACCGUCUAUACAACACCGAGAUUGCCCUUCAAGCCUGCUCUCCAUACUCUGUGAGCGUAUUAGCAUACACCACCACCUUCUCCUAUCAACAAGGUAUCGUCUGUUAUGCAACCAAUGGCGACAUUCGUAUGCUCAAUUUGAAUGGAAAUCGCCGUGUCGAGAAGGUAUUUAGCUCAGAAGCCUUUGGAUGCAAGCUUGUUUGCAGUGGUCCUCUCUCCACAGCAUCGAAACCAGUGCUGGAGUCCCUUGAAAUAUUGAGUUGUUCGUACAAUCUUGUGGCUCUGCGGUGUGGUUAUGGAACAGCCGGAGACUACUUGGCCGUAGUAUCAUCUUCCAGCACAACUGACACCGAGACAAUGGACGACUCUCUCGGUCAUGAUUCCAUUUGCCUCUACAUCUCGUUGAGAUCGACCGAAAAAAUAUUUGUGAGGCAUGAUUCACGCUAUUUAGUAUACGGUACCAAUUCCGCUCGUGGAUAUCAUGGCCAUUAUGAAUGGCUAUUGGAUGUCUGGGAUUUGCAGAUGUCAAAGUUGGUGAAUAAAGAGCCAAUUCAACUACACGACAUCUGUGGGUCAGACAUUGGAUCCACCGUCUGUUUUGUGGUCUUCAAUGGUUAUUUCUAUGGUCUAAGCAAUCAAACGAGUGCCGAUUGUGAGAAUGUCGACUGGACCAGCUACUACUCUCUCAUAUACUUCCCCCUGCCUCGACCAGACCUCAAACCCAAAGUUCACACCAUCUACAGAAGGUAUCAUGGCGACGGUCCAAUUCAUGAUGCCUGGACAAAGCUAGAGUUUCAGGUCGAUCGUCAAACCGGCGAGCUUCUCGUUGUAGAAUGUCGAAAGGAAUGGAUCAAUGGUGGGAGUCAUGCAGUGAGGGCAUGCUACACGCAAGCUCUCCGCAGCGCGUGCGACCAAGAUCUGGAGGAUCCUUCUGGUUGUUCAGAAGAUGCUCCUUCCCUGACUCUUGUCAACAAGGACAGCGACCCUCGCUCCGUGAAAUCUGAGCCCGGACUGGCAAAGUACCUGCACAGUGAAUCCAACAUCACCGGUGACAAGAGGGAAUACAUCAGAACAAAGACGAAAUGGAACAGUCAUGAUUUUAACUCGCAGUCAUUUGUUGAUUUGGUCAGUGAGGAUCAUAUCUUCAAAGGCGAAUGGCGCCCUCGACAACAACUCAAAAUCCGUGUGGUCAGUCGACAUCAGAUUAGUCCGCUCUCACGAGAUCCUGAAUGUACGAAUGAUGUCUCCCAGAUGGCUCACCUCGGCGUCAAUGAUAUCGUGUCCGGGCAAGAGCGGUACUCCAUCAGCCAUUGCACUGUAUGGCCGCCAAAUGAUACUCCUUCGGCAAUACACAACAUCCUCUGCCCUGAGGGGAAGCUGGGUGAGCUGAAUGCCACUCAGGGCGAUGAGGGACUCAUAUACAUGGCUGGCCCACAGAUUGGAGGGAGUCGUAAAGAAAAGCCACUCGUAUUCGUCAGUUUUGACCCUACAUUCGGAUUUGAGGGGAUGAGGAGGCUUGAUGGGAAUCUUGCGCGAGCCAAACAGCCGGCUGACGGGCAUGCACGCAGCCCGAAACGGAAGCGUAGUUCCUCCAAGUAUGUCGGUGAGAAGAGACAGAGCGGCCUAUCAACGACGCCCGCCAGGAAAUCACCCACUCUGGUGCAGUCAUCGACAUACUCUGAUAGUGCCUCCUCUUCAAGGUCAAGUCACUUCAUUCAUGAGAGAGAGGCCAUGUAUCUCAGAAUCUGUAGGGGUAUCUGGUUGCGUUAG